CCGGUCCGCGGGGGACAAACGUGUCCCCGACAGGGGCGGCCCCAGCCGGGAAACCAGCCCGGCAUUAACGCCCAGCCCGCGGCGCAGCCGGGGAAGGUGCCACCGGCCCUAAUGAUGCUGCUCGGUGGCGUUGCCGUCCCCCCGCCCGAGGUGCUCCCGGCCGAGGAGCUGCCGGUGGUGGCCCCGGAGCGGCUGGGGAGACUGCGGCUGGGUCUGGGGAGCGGCGGCCGCCUGGCUGGGAGCUGCCCCGUCCUCCCCUCGGGGCUGGCGGGGGCCGUCGGCGAGAAGGAGCCACUUGAUGCGGAUCUGAGGAGCGGAGGGGAAAGCGACGGCUCCAUGGCUCCUGCUCCGGGGUGGCGGCUGGUGACCGGGGGGUUCAGGAGGAACUGGUCCCCCCGCAACGCCCCGCCGCAGGGCUGUGACCUCCUGCAGCACCAGUAUCGACCCCGGCUGGAAGCAGCAGCCUGGACGGAGAGCCGAGGCGUGGAGCUGAUUUCUGUCACUGCAGGAAAGCGGCCCCACGGAAAGAGGAAUGACGUGGGGCUGGUCGCCAGGCAGCGUCUGGCCCACAAAGGGUUACGCAAGGCACCCUGGAGUGACACCACUGCCACCAGCCCGGGAGCUCAGCUCCUUCCUGGUCAGAUCCGAGGCUCGCCCAAAGUGGGAUUGAGGAAGGGGCCAGAGCCUGCAAAGAGGAGCCGGAGUCGGUCCGUGCCCCCGGCCGCCGGGCAGGGGCUGCCACACCAGCCAGCCACCACAGUUGCUCUCCCUCGCUUGCGCUGGCGGGUGGCCACCAUGGAGGAGAUGGUGAUCUGGGAGCAGCACACGGUGACGCUGAGCAAGGACCCUCAACGGGGCUUUGGCUUUGCUGUCUCCGGAGGCCGGGACCGUCCCAACAAGAUGACCGGGGACACGGCCGUGAUCGUUUCGGAUGUGGUGUCUGGGGGACCAGCAGCGGGCCGGCUCCAGAGGAAGGAUCACAUCGUGAUGGUGAAUGGCCUUUCCAUGGAGAAUGUCUCGUCCUCCUUUGCCAUCCAGACACUUAAAACCUGCGGCAAGAUCGCCAACAUUACACUGAAAAGACCAAAGAAAGUCCACCUCCCUGCGACCAAGAGCAGCCCCGGGUCCCCCACUGUGCCCCGACGCUAUGACUCAGACGAGGACUACAGGCCACACGGUGUGGAUCCAGCCCUGCACCGCUCCCGGGAUGACUUGGACCACAGCCAGGGCUACGAUGGGGACUCAUCCAGCGAGAGGAGCUCUGGCCACCACCGGGAUGACCGCCACCACCACAAGCCAGUGUCCCGGAGCCGGAGGCGAAGCCAGGACAGCAGCCACUGGAGGCAGAGCCCUGGCAGCGGCUCAGAUCAGAGGGGCUACAGCCGGCACCGCUCCGCCAACAGGUUUGGCCAUGAAAGGGACACCAAUGGGCUGGCCCUGGUGUCAGGCUUCAAGCGGCUGCCGCGCCGGGAUGAUGUGCCAAUGAAGCCCAUCACGUCAGUCCUCGUGAAGCAGAAGCAGAACGAAGAGUACGGCCUGAAGCUGGGGAGUCAGCUCUUCAUCAAGCACAUAGUGGAGAGCGGGCUGGCGGCGAAGGGCAGCUCCUUGCAGGAGGGAGACCUCAUCCUGAAGAUCAACGGGGUGGCCAGCGAGGACAUGUCCCUGGCUGACACCCAGCAGCUCAUCGAGCAGACAGAGGGGACCCUGACCCUGCUCAUCCUCCGGGACCACCGGCAGUUCCUGGUCAACAUCGCCGACAUAGAAGACAGCCAGAGCAACAGCUCUCGCAUGGAUGAUAUCUCUGACAUCGACUCUGAACUGUCCCAUCCGCCAUCCCCUGAGACGUCCCCACGACCUCCGGCUGCUGCCAGGAUGAGUUCACCACCGGAGAGGAGACGAUCCAAUGGGGACCCCACGGCCAACGCGAUUGUGGACGAUGCUCGUGGCCCUGACCUGUUGGAAGCCGUGGAGGGGGAUGGCUGCCAUGGCCCCCACGCCAGCCCCACUGCCCGAGCUGCCCACAAGGAUGGGUACAGUGCUGACUCCAGGGUUGUGCACUUUGUGAAGGCCAAGAGCGUCGGGCUGCAGCUGGCUGGCGGGAAUGAUGUGGGGAUCUUCGUGUCAAGCGUGCAGGAGGGGAGCCCGGCCGACAGCCAGGGUGUCCGGGAAGGGGACCAGAUCCUGCAGGUGAAUGACACCAGUUUCCAGAACCUGACCCGCGAGGAGGCUGUGGAAUAUCUCAUGAGCCUGCCGCCGGGUGAGGACAUCACACUGUGGACCCAGAGCAAGCAGGACAUUUACAGGAAGAUGAUCUCGUCCAACGUGGGUGACUCAUUCUACAUCCGGACGCACUUUGACUUUGAGAAGGACACACCGUCAGGGCUCAGCUUCGUCCGCGGGGAUGUCUUCCACGUGCUGGACACCAUGUACCGGGGCAGGCUGGGGAGCUGGCUGGCUGUGCGCAUGGGCAGGGACCUGCAGGAGCAGGACAAGGGCAUCAUCCCCAACCGGAGGAGGGCCGAACAGAUUGCCAGCCUGGAGUCAGUGCUGAAAGUCACAUCUGGUGCCAACACUUCUGGGGCACGGGCGGAGUUUUGGAAGCUGCGGGGCCUGCGGGGAGCCAAGAAGAUGCUGCGGAAGAGCCGGGAGGACCUCUCUGCCCUCACAAAGCAGGGCCACUACCCGCCGUAUGAGAGGGUGGUCCUGAAGGAAGCCAGCUUCAAGCGGCCAGUGGUGAUCCUGGGCCCCAUCGCAGACGUCGCCAUGCAGAAGCUGAGCACGGAGAUGCCUGAGCUGUUUGAGAUUGCCCUGAGCGUGCCCCGAGAUGGGGCGUCGUCCAAGGUCAUCAAGUUGGACUCGGUGCGGCAGAUCGCAGAAAAGGACAAGCACGCCCUGUUGGACAUCACGCCCUCGGCCGUGGAGCGCCUCAACUACGUGCAGUACUACCCCGUGGUGGUGUUUUGUGAGCCUGAGAGCCGACAGGGCAUCAAGGCCAUGCGCCAGUGGCUGGUGCCCGACUCCAGGAAGAGCUCCCGGCGCCUCUAUGCCCAGGCCAACAAGAUGAAGAAGCACUGCAGCCACCUCUUCACCGCCACCGUCAGCCUCAGCGGCAGCAGCAAUACCUGGUACGAGGCGAUCAAGGACAUCAUCAGGGUGCAGCAGAGCCAGCCUGUUUGGACAUCGGCGGAGCAGGCAGAUGUGGCACUGGAGGACAGUCUGGAUCUGCUGAACCCACCGAGCACAGCGGCCUCGGGCUACCUGACCUGCGACAGUCACGCCAACAGUGACUACGAUGACACGGACGGCGAGGCAGGCGCCUACACCGAUGGCGAGGCGGAGGAUGCCUAUGAGCAGCCCGGGCUGGCCCGUUCCUCCGAGCCAGCGCAGACGUCCCCAAACCAUGGCCUGAGCGAGCAGGCGACCAGGCAGCAGUGGCGGGGCCAGGACUACAACAGCAUCAGGGAAUACGAGCACGAUGCCGUGCGGAAGAGAUUCACACGGGCCAGGGAUGACUCGGAUGAGGAUGAAGGCUACGAGUGGGGCCCAGCCACAGAUGUGUAGCGACAUUGCUGGCCUCUGUCCCGCUGGGCAGCCGGGCCCCUUGGCCAGCCCUACCGCAGCCCCACGCCACCGGGUCCACGUGACGGUCCAGGUAGCGCCACGCCACGCAACACGCUGUGGCCAGGCUGAGCCUAAUCCUGCUCACCCAGCACCACGGAGUGCCUCCUUCCCCCUUUUGGCCAUGGCCUCUGCUGCAGGAAUAAAAGGGAUGCGUUCAUCAGGA